AUGAGAGCUUGUCUCGAGGACCAGGGCUCCUGUGGCUGCUGUUUGAUCCUGCAAGAGGUGAACAGGCUGCGGACAAACUUUAACACAACCCUGACAAAGCUGGAGAAGGAAUACUCGCUAAUAAAACAAAGACUCAACAAUACUGAAGCCAGCCGCAUCGCCUUCUCUGUCACUUUUACUGACACACGUUUCCUGUGCUACGGCCCCUUCCGUGAUGACAAGCCCAUCAUCUACAACAAUGUCUUCCUUAACCUGGGUGGUGGCUACAAUGUGGGGACUGGAAUCUUCACUGUUCCCCGCUCUGGUGUCUACACCAUCGCCAUCAGCAUUUACAGUGACGCUGGUGCUGCUGGCUCCCUCUUGGCCGCUUGUGCUAGUCUGCAGGUUAAUGGUCAGCUAGUGGCUGCAUCCACAGACAAGAAUAGUUAUGACCAAGAGGACAGUGCCACUAUUGUUGUGGUCCUGCAACUGAGGGCAGAGGACCAGGUGGCUGUCAACCUGCUUAAAGACUGUUUCCUCUGUGAUAACAGCCACUAUAACACUUUCAGUGCCUUUCUGCUUUAUGCUGCUGAAUAA